AUGGAGAAGAUGAUCGCAGUGGGUAUAGUGUGGGGCGCCACUAACGUUAUCAUGCGCCGGGGUGCGCUUCUCUGGGACGAGGCUCUGAAAUCUUCCGCAAAGCCACAUUCGCACUCAUCUAUGGGUCAGAAAAUGCGCAUCUCCAUCGGUAACUGGGUCAAGCUUCUCUCCAUCUGGCAAUACUCCAUCCCCUUCCUCAUAAACCUCUCCGCCUCCGCUACUUUCUUCGCCAUUCUCUCCGAUGCCCCGCUCUCCCUCGCCGUCCCCGUCACCAACGCCACCACCUUCGCCGCCACCGCCGUCUUCGGCAUCCUCCUCGGGGAACGCACACACCUCCCCCGGGCUUUCUUCGGUACCGUUCUCAUCGUCCUCGGUCUCUGCUUCUGCAUCAACUCCUAG